AUGGACAAGGGAUCCGAGUCCACCGAGGUCACCGAGGGCGAGGAGCCUCGCAAAGACGACUACUUUCCGGAAGCUUUUCCGGAUUUCAGUGAGGACAACAUCAACCGCGGACUUCAGAAUUCUGUGAAGGACAACAGCGCGACAACUUCGACUUAUUCGCCGCCAAGUGAAGCCCAGAUCGAGGCUGCAAUCAAGCGUGCGAAUCUCGCCUUCGCAAACCCGCUUACCAACGUCCCUCGCCGCGGGCCAGCUGGAGCCGGCCGUGCACGCAAUCGCUCAGCGGAGGUAUCCUUCAACCUUCCCGCAAGACACUCUGACCUCGGUCAACAGCAUCAGCCGCCCGAUCAGCAGCAGCAGCAACUUCCUCAGGCAUCUACCGCCGGUCCUGUCCCGUCAUCUGCGUCUGCGUCAGGUUCAAGUCGUGGUCGAGGCAUUCCGGUCCCUGGCAGAGAAACGGCCUAUAUCCCCACUUUAACCGCCGCCAACCGCACUGCAGAGCUGAUACGCCCGCGUGCGCCCAACUUCAGUCGCCCACGUCCGGUCGUUGUUGGGGCUUACGAUAACCCCUACCAAGAGCAUCUCCAGAGAGUCGCGCGUCGUGAAGAAAGCGACAGACGCGCCCGUGAAGCAUAUUCGAAUUCUUCGAGAAGUCCGGUUCAGCAGCCUAGACCUCUCCCCGAGCUACCCCCUGGCGCUACCACCCCACCGCCUGUUGUUGUCGCACCCAAUCGUGCUACCCAGGCCCCUCCCCCCGCCCUGCCCGCCGAUCCACCGCACCCUCUGAGGUCAAAUCCGAUCUUGUCGACGCCCCAAGACCCUCCGUCUCUCAUUCUCUCACGCCGCCGACCACGCUCAUCCUCGAUAUCACUUCCUUCCAACGACACCCCCAACGUCCGUCCCAGCCCUACCUCCGGCCGACGUGUUCCCGAGCCAAUCGCAGAGGAGCCCAACCAAGAGGACGACUUCGAAUAUUCCGAAGAGCCACAGGUUCGCACUGCGCAGAUCGGCCGCGUUAUUCGACGUCCUAACGACCCCACCAAAGACGACUCAUUCCAGCCAUCGCUUCGCGGCGGCAGUCUCGACAUCGGCGACUUCCCCGAGGGAUUCGACCCUGAGUACUACGAGUCCGACGAGUACGAAGACGUAGAGUCGCUAGAGUUAGCCGAGGAGUUCAACCCAAACAUCUCAGCAGAUUUCGAUCCGUACGAAGUCGAGAGAAAUUCUCAAGUUUAUACACAAGCGUUGAACGACAAGAUGGCGAGCCAUAUUCCCCGCCCGGGCCCUGCCCAACUAUCUCCCAACGCAGGCCUGGAUGAGUGGCUGGAGGAGGCCAAGCAGUGCCACUAUCUACCAGAGCGCGCGAUGAAGGAGCUUUGCGAACUAGUGAAAGAGGUUCUGAUGGAGGAGUCAAACAUUCAGCCCGUGUGCACUCCAGUGACAAUUUGUGGCGACAUCCACGGCCAGUUCUACGAUCUCUUGGAGUUGUUCCGCGUCGCAGGUGGAAUGCCGGGUGAAUCGCGAGUUGAAGCACCCAAGACGGCCACAACAGUCAUCAGCCCCGAGGAUAUUGAGCCGCCAACGGAGAUCACCAACCCGAAACUGAAGAAGAAGGUCAAGAAUGCAGGCAGCCCUGCUCCCGAUGAUGAGGAGGAUGAUGAAGCGGCCGCUGCCGAUACUAGCACAACCUCAAGGCCCGAUUCGGCCGUUGAGGUUAGCACGGGCUCUCAAUCAGCCGACACCAGAUUCGUGUUCCUCGGCGACUUCGUUGAUCGUGGCUACUUCAGUCUUGAGACCUUUACCCUUCUUAUGUGCUUGAAGGCCAAAUACCCCGACAGGAUUGUUCUUGUACGUGGAAACCACGAAUCUCGCCAGAUCACCCAGGUGUAUGGCUUUUACGAAGAGUGCCAGCAAAAGUACGGCAAUGCCUCGGUUUGGAAGGCCUGCUGUCACGUUUUCGAUUUCCUCGUCCUGGCUGCUAUUGUUGACGGCGAACUACUCUGCGUUCACGGUGGUCUCAGCCCUGAGAUCCGUACCAUCGAUCAGAUUCGCGUCGUUGCCCGCGCUCAGGAGAUUCCCCACGAGGGUGCAUUUUGCGAUCUUGUCUGGUCAGAUCCCGAGGAUGUGGAGACCUGGGCCAUCAGCCCCCGUGGUGCCGGCUGGCUUUUCGGCGACAAGGUGGCUACAGAGUUCAACCAUGUCAACGGCCUGAAGCUCAUUGCCAGAGCCCAUCAACUUGUCAACGAGGGAUACAAGUACCACUUCCCACAAAACUCUGUCGUCACAGUUUGGUCUGCUCCCAACUACUGCUACCGCUGCGGUAACGUAGCAUCCAUCAUGACUGUGGACAAGGAUAUGAGCCCCAAAUUCAGCAUAUUCUCUGCCGUUCCGGAUGACCAACGUCACGUUCCCGCCAACCGCCGUGGGCCGGGUGAUUAUUUCCUGUAA